CUGUGAGCGUUUAGGAUGCCUUAACUUACCGUAUAACACUGUCAGAACGCCAGCCCACACUCGUGUGACGCUAGCCCACACUCGUAGGAUGCCAGCCCACACUCGUGUGACGCUAGCCCACACUCGUGAGACGCUAGCCCACACUCGUUUUUGACAGGCCAUACUAGGGGUAACUGGUCCGUGCUUGGUAUUGCAUUUGCGCUGUGUAUAUCCAAUAUGGUCUCUAUUUUGUCAUAGCCACCAAGUUUUUAUGUAUUAACGUUUAUAAAGUAGUAAAAUAGUUGGUUAACCCCUUGACGUCAGACUGAGUGUGGGCUGAGCGAGUGUGGGCUGGGGUAACUUUGGUCAUAUAUCGAACAAGCAACAUGAAGUUCAAGCAUGUCGUAGGAGAAAAAGUUUUAUGUUUUGAACCAGAUGAAACGAAAGCCCGAGUUUUGUAUAAUGCCAAGAUCAUGGAUGCUGAUGUAAUUAAGGACAUUAAAGGAAAGAAGUUUGUAGAGUAUAAAAUACAUUUUCAGGGUUGGAAUCAUGCAUGGGAUCGUUGGGCUGAUGAAUCAUUUGUUCUGAAAGACAAUGAUCAAAAUAGAAAACUUCAGAGAAAGUUGGCCAGAAGAGCAAUAAAGAAAUUGAAACUUCAGAAAGGCAGAAGACGACAUCAUCUACCUGGAGUUGCUAGUAAGCCAGAUGCUGAAAUACCAAACAACUCGGAUUCAAGCUCUGGAGAAAGUUUUAAUUCUGAUUUCACAACAAGUACUGGGACAAGAGAAAAAUUAUCAGAAUCUGAUGAUGAUUUUCCUCCUGAGAAAAGACCUCGUUUGAGCAGUACAUCAACAAUUGGAACUGCUUCCAUACAUCAUCAUGAUAAUAUCGUUGAAGAAGAUAAUCCAUCAAAUAAAGAUGAACAUCAUUUACGUAGAUUAGUCAGUCUUGACAUACCACCAUCUCUACAAAGACGACUAGAAGAAGAUAAUGCUUUGGUGAAGAAAAGAAAUAUGCUGAUUAAUCUCCCUGCAAGACCUAAUGUUAUUCAAAUAUUAGAAAAUUAUGUGAAAAGAUUUGCAAUUCAUGCUCUAAAUGCUGCAGAUAGACAAAGAGUAACAACGACUGCCAUGGGUCAACCAGUUGGUCCAGAAAUCUUACUUCCGCCUGCAAAAAGAUUAAAUCUUUGUGAAGAAGUCUGUUGUGAUUUAAAACUACUUUUCGAUUAUGCUCUUCCACUGUCAUUGUUAUAUUUACCUGAACGAAAUCAAUUCAAACAUUUAGCUAAGAACACUGCUAUUAGGACACCUGGAAUGGAUGCCAACCAACCACCGGAGAUAAAAGCAGAUACAACAAAGAAGCAACUAGUGUUUGAAGAUUCUCCCACUAGUGAAUCUGGCUCACAAAUGAUAAAACAAGAGGAGUUUAUGACAAAUACCACGGAAAAUAUAAAUGAAGAGACUGGAAACAUCCAGACUACUUCUCUGGCUGAGCAUCCUGAUGUCUCAUCAGUUUCAUCAUCUUCACCUAAGAAACGAAACAUCAGUGAAUCAACAUCAAGUCCUACUAGAAAUCAGGAAAAUCCUAGACCUCACAAAAAGAAAACUGCUGAGGAACAACUUAUUGAAGAAACUCAUAAAUAUCUGAUUCCAAACCAACCUAAUCUGGAUCAGACUGGUUUGUCAAAAGAUGCUCAAGGUAGAAGGAGAUCCAGUCGAUUGUCUCAUCACGAGUCUACAUCCCAUCAGCAGUCACCUACGGAGCCAGAUACAAGCAUGUACAGAAUGAUUUCAUCUGCAACAUCGUCAUUUCAAACAAGAGAUUUAUCACCUGAACGUGAGAUUUCCAUUUCUUCAGAUCCGAAAUACUUUGUCUCCAUAGAACCUUGCAUAUUUCUGAGAGCACCUUCAAAACAUAACAGACAUUCUUCUAUUGGUGCAUCUGCUACUAUUAACAGUGAAGGACCUUCUUGUUCUACAGCACCUCUUCGUCAACCAUUAUUUAAUGCGAAUCCGUGCAUGGAUCGAGAUCAAUAUUUAUCGGCUGCUGGUAGUGAUAUAAAGAAUAUGGUGGAACUAAAAAAGUCCUGGGAUUGGUGCAUUCUACCAGAAACAUUUCGACCUGAAGAAGGUGCUGUUGUCCCACCUUCCAUGAUCUACGGAAUUCAUCAUUUAUUGAGAUUAUUUGUAAAGUUACCUGAAAUAUUGAUCGAAGAUGGAAAUACCAGAAUUCAAAUUGAAAAAUUUUGAUCAAGGCAUUUGAACUCCUUAUAAAGUAAGUUUUUA